CUUCCAAGAUGGCCGAGUCCGUGGACUCCAUGCAUUUCGCAGCGAACAGCCAAACAAAUUCCCCCCAAGCGCUGCUAGCUAAACGGCCGCCGGAGAGCCGACCGCAGUCUUCCAGCGACAUUCACCCGCCGCCCCCAAAGAAGGUCCGCGUGGAGGAGAAGCGGCCCAAGCACAGGAAAGUCAACGGAGAGGUGUGCGCAGGGGAAAAACACAACGGGAAAGCGAGUUGUGGGAGCCCAGCGAAAUGGAGUUUCGGCCCGGCCAAGGCGAGCCACUCCACCGCCUCCGUCGCCGCCGCCGCCGCCGCGGUGGUGGUACCAGGAGCAGCGACUCCCGCUCGGAAAAUCUUCAAAAUAAGCAACUUCCUCGCCUCGCCGUCCAAAGAGAAACGGGCCAAGGAAAAGCGGCACAGGGAGAAAAGCGGCGAAGCGCAGCGCAUUUCGACAGCGUCUGUGGAGAAAGUCAACCCCGCUAGCUGCCAUACAAAGACCGAGAACAGCGAUGUCAAGGCGCCGCAGAGAGAUCAUAACAGCAAGGACAAGGAGCGGGAGAGCAAGAAGGAAAAGAGUAGCAAAGAGUGGAAAAAUCACAAACUGCCUCCAGAACGUGACAUCUCAAAGGAAAACGGGGAAGUGGUGUUUCCUCCUCAGAAAGAGCCCAAGGAGAAACCCAAAGCCACGUCCCAAGAAGACCUCUUGCUCAAGAAGCUGAAAAAGAAGAAGAAAAAGAAGCACAAAGACGGCGAGCGGGCCAAAGAGCGGCACGGCCGCCCUAAAAUGUACCACCGCUCGUGCCAGACUGUUUAUUCCGCCGUCUCCCUCGGGUUGGCCGACUUCCUCAGCCGAAUCAACGGCAACAGCGGCGCCGGCGGGCAUUACGGAGUGCGCUACCAAGACCCUUCCGCCAUUGUCAGGGACAGACCGGGCUACAGCUCACCGCUCCGCUGCACGCCCACGCCGAGUCUGCCCGGGCUGGAGUUCGGCCAUCUGAUCAAUGUGGAGAUUCAGGCCAACGGCGGCGCCUCGGUGGCGCACGCCUACAGCGAGCAGCUCUCAGGCCUGUCGCCCGCCGAAAUGCAGCGCUUCGCCCAGGAGUUUGUCACGCUGUCUUUCAGCGAGGACGAGGCCCAGGCGGCGCGUUUCGUCAUGGGGAUCAUUCACGGAGCGGCGGCCUACCUCCCGGACUUUCUGGAUUACUUCUCCUACAAGUUCCCCAAUGCCCCUGUCAAGAUGGAGGUGCUCGGGAAGAAGGACAUCGAGACGACCACCAUGGCUAACUUCCACACUCAGGUUAAGCGGACAUACUCCCAGGGAACGUAUCGGGCCGGCGCCAUGCGCCAAGUCAGUCUGGUGGGCGCCGUUGAUGAGGAGGUUGGCGACUACUUUCCUGAGUUCAUCCAAAUGUUGGAGGAUUCUCCCUUUCUAGAGCGGACGCUGCCCUGGGGAACUUUUUCUAGUCUUCGGCUGCAGAGCCCGACCGAGAGCGACGACGGCCCCAUCAUGUGGGUCCGACCCGGGGAACAAAUGAUCCCCAUGGCUGACAUGCCCAAGUCUCCCUUCAAGAGAAAAAGGUCCACCAACGAGAUCAAGAACUUGCAGUACCUGCCCAGAGCCAGCGAGCCCCGCGAGAUGCUGUUCGAAGACCGGACACGAGCCCACGCCGAUCAUAUCGGUCAGGGCUUCGAGAGACAGACCACGGCUGCCGUGGGCGUGCUCAAGGCCGUGCGCUGUGGAGAAGAGAGCGACACACCUGCGCGCAUCACCAAAGAUGUGGUGUGCUUUCACGCUGCCGAUUUCCCAGAUGUGGUCAUGAGGCUGCAGCUGGACCUCCACGAGCCACCGCUGUCUCAGUGCGUUCAGUGGAUCGACGACGCCAAGCUGAACCAACUGCGGCGCGAGGGCAUCCGCUACGCCCGCAUCCAGUUGUACCACGACGACAUCUACUUCAUCCCCCGGGGCGUCAUCCACCAGUUCAAGACGGUGUCAGCAGUCUGCAGCUUGGCCUGGCACAUCCGCCUCAAACAGUACCACCAGAACGACGUCGAGGAAGAGGAGAAAGAGGAGGACGAGGAGAUGACGUGCGCGGCCAGUGACGUCGGGCUACAGAUCAAAGAGGAGGAGCUCGAGGAGAAGGUGGUGAAACUGGCGGAGGAGCUCCCCUUACCGCGGCUGUGUAAGGAGGAAGAGGAGUCGGAAGCGCUCGUGGUGGAGGAGGUGAAAAAAGAGGAGGAAAGGUGUCGAAGUGAAAUCCAGGAGGACCUCAAAACCAUCAAGAAGGAGAAAGUGCGAUGGGAGGAGGACAGGACUGAAGGAGAGAAGGAGAGAAUUAAAGAGGAUGAGAGGAGUAAAGAGGGAAAACCUCAAGAAGAUGAGAAGAGUAAAGAGGAAAGGGAGAGGACGAAACAAGACCGAAGUAAAGAGGAGAAGGAGAGAAGGCCUCCGGAAGACGACAAGACUAAAGAGGAAAGGGAGAGGACGAAACCAGAGAGGAGUAAAGAGGAAAGGACUAAAGAGGAAAAGGAGAGGAGUAAAGAGGUGAAAGAAAGGACUAAAGAGGAGAAGGAGAGGAAAGAUAAGAGCAAAGAUCGGGAACGGAAGCACCGGCUAAAGGAGAAAGAGAAGCUAAAGAGCGACGGAACGGCACUCGCGAGAAAGAAGGAAAAGGAGGCAUCGGGCUGCGGCGGCGUCUCCCUUUUGUCUCUAAACGCCCGUCCCGAGGAGACGCGGGACAAACACAAGUCUUCGCAAGGGAAGAAGGAGAAAAGCGGUCAGCGGACCGACAACAAAUCCUCGCUCAAUAAGCCCCCAAUCCCGAGGCGGGACGGCAAAAAAGAGGAGCCCAAGAAGACCCCCAGGACUCUCAUCACUUUCGAUCUCUUCAAGCCCAUGGAGGCCCACCAGACGGUGGCGCUGUCUUUUAAAACUCACCACGCCAAGUCCGCCGACGGCCGGACGCUGCAGGUUCCUUUUAAAGGGAGCAAAGUCAAAAGCGCCGACUCCCAAACGCAGCAGCUCAAGCAGACGCUCAAGACACACAAAGAUUUCCUGCUAUGAAUGUCCAACGUUUUCGGGGUGAGCAUUCCGCACACACGCACGUUAUUUGGGGAGGAAUCUGCGCCGUUGACGGCCACGGACGUCCGAUCCAUUUUGACUAGAAGAGGCGAAUGAACGUUCUUCCAGUCAAAAUGGAUUAGAUGUCCACAGCCGUCAAAAAAAAUUUUGUCUUCAAAUUUCAACUCAAAACUCGAUGCACUCCCAACAUAAUCGAACGGAGGAAGAAUGUCUUUUUUUGUUGUUGUUUUUAAUUUGGUCCGUGAAUGUACCGACGGUGUCAUUCAGUGCCUACGCACUACUUUUAGUUUUUGAGUUUUAAACCAACCAAGUAAAGGUACGACAAACACACAAUCAUGAUGACACAAUACUGAGCUUCUACUGAAUCUUGUUUGACGUUUUUUUUUUAAUUUUCGGGAGGACACUACGCAAAAAUGCGUUUUUUUUUUUUUUUAUCGGUCGGAACUUCCAAGUUACGACGGAGUAUUAGGACUAAACAAAGAAGAAAAAAUGGGAUUAUGAGAAUGAAGUCAUAAUAUUAUGAGAUUAAAGUCGUGAUAUUGCACAAAUGAAGUCAUGUCGUAAUACUAUGAGGAAACAAGUUGUAAUAUGACAAUAAAGUCAUACAUGGUAAUAUUACGAGAUUAAAGUCAAUGUUAGCUUUUUUAUUAUUUAUUAGUAAUAUUACGUAGUUAUAUAACAUGACUAGGGCUGCAGCUAUCGAAUAUUUUCGUAUUCGAGUAUUCGACUGAAAAUUCUAUGGAUUAAUCGAGUAAUCGGAUAAAACAUUUUUUAGGUAAAGGGCAAUUAUAAAUAUGCAUGACCAUCAAUGUCUUUAUUUUCGAUCUACAUUGUUGAAAACAGCCAACAAUUGCAUCUCAGAUGUGACUAGAAAAAAAAAAAACAAAUUUACACAAAUUCACUUCUAUUAAAAAAAAAAAAUCUUAUUUCUUACCUAAAAAUGUCAUUACGCUUGAUAACACACAUCACUUAAAAGUUGGGUGUUUUUCAGACGUGUUUCAAUUGAAGUUCCAUUUGUGUCAAGCAUAGACUUCAUAAUGUAUUGACGGCACACGGGGUGCGGGGCCAAUUAAUAGGGGGCCUGCAUUGUUGGCGAGCCCGUUAAAGCUGACAGAGUGGAAUUGCAGACAAAGAGCUUUUUCUGUUGAAAAUUCUCGUGAAUAAAUACUUAAAUCCCUGAAUUCUUUAUAGAUAUGGACGUAAAACAGUCUCGAUUCUUGGUAAAAAGCAAAAAAAAAACAAAAAAAAACGUGCAUUUAGCAUUUAUUUGACGUAAAUAUUGCGAACUAUGAUGCUAGUCAGUUAGCAAAUGUAGCGGCAGCCUUAUGAAAACAUAGCUUUUCCGGUGAAAAUUCAUGUGAAUAAACGCUUAAAUCCCUGAAUUCUGUUUAGAUAUGGACGUAAAACAGUCUCGAUUCUUGGUAAAAAGCAGGGAAAAAAAAGAAAAGUGCAGUUAGCACUUAUUUUACGUAAAUAUGUUGAACUACGAUGCUAGUCUGUUAGUCAAUGUGGCGGCAGCCUUACAACAAAGAGCUUUUUACGUUGAAAAUUCUUGUGAAUAAUUGCUUAAAUCCCCAAAUUCUUAUACAAAUGUACUAAGGCUGUCAAAAUUAUCGCGUUAACGAGCGGUAAUUAAUUUUUUAAAUUAAUCCCGUUAAAUUAUUUGACGCCAUUAACGCACAAAUGCCCUGCUCAAACAGAUUAAAAUGACAGCAGAGUGAAAGCUGUGCUUGUUGUGUUUUUUGGAGUUUUGCCGCCCUCUGCUGGCGCUUGGGUGCGACUGAUUUUAUAGGCUUCAGCACCCAUGAGCAUUGUCUAAGUAAUUAUUGACAUCAACAAUGGCGGGCUACUAGUUUAUUUUUUGAUUGAAAAUUUUACAAAUUUUAUUAAAACGAAAACAUGAAGAGGGGUUUUAAUAUAAAAUUUCUAUAACUAAAAUUUAUCUUUUAAGAACUACAAGUCUUUCUAUCCAUGGAUCGCUUUAACAAUGUUAAUAAUGGUAUUGCCAUCUUGUUGAUUUAUUGUUAUAGUAAAGAAAUACAGUACUUAUGUACCGUAUGUUGAAUGUAUAUAUCCAUCUUGUCUUAUCUUUCCAUUCCAACAAUUUACAGAAAAAUAUGGCAUAUUUUAUAGAUGGUUUGAAUUGCGAUAAAUUGCGAUUAAUUAAUUUUUAAGCUGUAAUUAACUCGAUUAAAAAUUUUAAUCGUUUGACACCCCUAAAAUGUACGUAAAACAGUCUUUGAUCUUUUUAAAAAGAUUAUUAAGCAAUUAUUUUACGUAAAUAUGUUCAAAAUGCAUGCAUGGUACGAAAAAUAUAAUGAUUACCUUGAAUCCUCGAACAAAUCACUCCUGAGACAAUCCCACCUGUUUGUAGGCGGUAUAGCUUUUGUAGUUUUUCAACCUAAAUCCGGUGUCGGAUCACUGCAUGUCGCUGCAAUCGACUGCGAAUAACUGAAGCGGAGUGUGGGGUGGCCCCCUACUUGAAGGCGUAGCCUAGUGUAUGUGGAAUGUGACCGGUCAAUAUAAUUAUGAAGUCUAUGUGUCAAGCUAUUUUUAAGUUCUAGUUAAGUUUUAAGUUAGUCUAAAUUGUAAGUCCUGAUAGGAUUUUGAGUUUUUGCAGUAUUCAAAAUAAAUGUAUGAUACCUGCUGUAUUGGAGCACAUUAGGCACCAAUGCUACUUGGUGUUUUAUCCAGCAAUGACUACUGAGAUAAAAUUUAAAGUUAGCUGUAUUAUGUUUUUAUUUUACACCCUCAUCACUCUACAGCGCUGUGUUUUUACAGAUUAAAUCAAGCCUGUGUGUAAAGACACGUUAACCACGCAUCGAAAGUAGUCAUAAUUAAUGGAAACCUAGCCCGCCUCAGGCUAACGUUACGUUAGCAAGGUACAGUAAUGUUAAUCUUAUUUAUUAGCGCAGUGAAGUCUACUGCUUCAAGAUGGCGGCUGUUUACCAACGCUGGUGAGUCUGUCAUUUCGCAUCUAUUUCCAUAUGUAUUGGUUUGAAAAAGUAUCUGAACCUUUUGGAAUUUCUCACAUUUUUGCGUGAUCUGAUCUUUGUCAAAAUCACACGGAUGAAAAAACAGUGCUUUAACUAAAACCACCCAAACAUUUAUAGGUUUUCGUAUUUUAAUGAGGAUAGCAUGCAAACAACGACAGAAGGAGGAAAAAUAAUUAAGUGAACCUUCUGCCGUAGGGGACUUAAAGAGCAAUUGAAACCUAUUUUUUACCAAACAUUUUAAGUCAGGUGUGUGCUCAAUCACAGAUGAGUGGUUUAAAGCUGCCCUGUCCACUAUAAAACAUACCUGGUAAGAAAUGUCUUGAUGAGAAGCAUUGUCUGAUGUGCAUCAUGCCUAGGUCAAAAGAGCUGUCUGAAGACCUGUGAUGAAGGAUUGUUGAUUUGUUUAAAGCUGGGAAAGGAUACAAAACCAUCUCUAAAAGUCUUGAUGUUCAUCAAUCGACAGUCAGAGAAGUUGUCUACAAAUAGAGAGAGUUUGGCCGUCCACCAAAGAUGAUGCCAGGAGUCAGUGCAGAAUACUCAGAGAGGUAAAAAAGAACCCUAGAGUGUCAGCUAAAGACUUACAGAAAUCACUGGCACGGUCGAUAUCCCUGUGCACACAUCAAAUCUAUGUAAAACUAUGACCAAGAAUGGUGUUCAUGGGAGGACUCCACGGAGGAAGCCGUGGCUGUCUAAAAAAACAUUGUUGCUCGUUUAAUGUUCGCAAAAAGGCACUUGGACACUCCACAGAAGUUUUGGCAAAAUAUAUUGUGUGCUGAUGAAACCAAAGUUGAAUUGUUAGGGAGUAACACACAACAUCAUGUGUGGAGGAAAAAUGGAACAGCUCACCAACAUCAACUUGUCAUCCCUACCUUGAAGCAUGGUGGAGGGAGCGUCAUGAUUUGGGGCUGUUUUGCUACUUCAGAGCCUGGACCACUUGCAGUCAUUAAUGGAAGAAUUUAUUCAAAAGUUCAUCUGGUCAUUUUGCAGGAAAACCUGAGGCCGUCUGUCAGAGAUUUGAAGCUAAAAAGAGGAUGGAUGCUGCAACAAGACAAUGAUCCAAAACCAGAAGUAAAUCAACUUCAGAAUGGUUUCAGAAGAACAAAAUCCACGUUCUGGAGUGGCCAAGUCCAGACUUGAACCCCAUUAAGAUGCUGUGGCGUGACCUAAAGAUUCAUUCCAGACAUCCCAGGAAUCUGACUGAACUAGCAGUUUUGUCGAGAAGAAUGGGCCAAGAUUAGUCCUGAUCGAUGUGCCAGACUGAUCUCCAGCUACAGGAAACGUCCGGUUGAAGUUACCACAAAAUAUUAAAUGUGAUGAUUAACUUACUUAUUUUUCCCCCCUUCUGUCAUUGUUUGCAUACUAUCCUCAUUAAAAUAUGAAAACCUAUAAAUGUUUGGGUGGUUUUAGUUAAAGCAGACAGUUUCUUCAUCUGGGUGAUUUUGACAAAGAUCAGAUCACAUUUGAUGGUGAUUUUAUGCAGAAACGUGAGAAAUUCCAAAAGGUUCAGAUACUUUUUCAUACCAUUGUACAUGUGAUAUCUAUGGGAAGCAUCAGACGCUACCACCGUAGCAUCAUGCGGGCGUAGUUUGUAGCAAUGUUGGCAUAGUUUGUAGGUACAGUAUCGGUGCGUUGUCCCGCAUUAAAAGUAGUCCGGGCAAAACGUGAUGCUUAAAGCUGGCAAAAUUAAAUGAUUCUUCAAGGCGAAUAAAAUUACUCGGAUUAAUUUUUAAACUCGAGUUACUCGAGUAUUCGUUUCAGCUCUAGUUAAGACGUUUUCUCGUAAAAAUGUUACUUUUUUCUCGUGAUUUUACAAUUUAACUCUUAAAACCUACAAUAAUAUUACGUAAAGUUAUGUCGGAAUCACAUAAUACGUGGUCACGUACUAUUACGACUUCAACCUCGUAAUAUUAUGAACCUCGUAAUACUAAGUAAAGUUAAACGAUAUUACAAGUUUGAACUCGUAAAUUAUGACUGUUUUUUUCCCCUCAUAAAUUAUAAAAAGUUCUCGUAAAAAUUGCGACCAAGUAAUGCGUUGUAAUGCUAUUAGGAAAAAAGUCAUACAUUGUAAUAUUACGAGGUUAAAGUCAUAAUAUUACAGAGUUUUUUUUUAUCAUAUUGUAAUAUUACGUAAAGUUAUCGUGACAUUACUACCUUCUUUUGUAAUAUGUAUACAUAGUCAUCUCGUAAAUUGUUUUUUUUCUCGUAAUACGACUUUAAACUUAGAAUUUGAAAAAUUAAGAUUUUGAUCUCGUCAUAUUACGUAAUUCACGUAACAUUACUUCUCGUAAAACGUAGUUAUGUUGUAUUACGACUUCAACCUCAUAAUAUUCUGACGUUAAAAUCGUAAUAUUGCGACUUUUUUUCUGGUAGUAAUCCAACUUUAAUCUUGUAAUAUUGUUUUAUCAAAUUCUUUAAUCUCAUAAUACAAUACUUUUCACAUAAUAAUUCGUAAAGCUGUAUCACGACUUCAAACUGACUUUUUCGUAAAUUACAUAAUUACGUAGCUUUACAGUUUUAUUCCUCGUAAUCAAACGUAAAGUUACGUCGUAAUCUCGUAAUAUUUUGAAUUAUAUUUUGUAAUAUUAUGACUUUGAUCUCAUGAUGUCUUCUCGUAACAUUACUAUUUUUUUCCCCGUAAUGCAUAGUUAUGUAUUAUGACUUUUCUGGUAAUACGAAGACUUUAUAAUCUGCUAAUAUUAUUACUUUAUUAGUAAUAUUACGUAAAGUUAUGUAACAUUGACAUUUUUCUCGUAUCACGUAAAAUUACAGAACAUCAUGACUUUUUUCUCGUAACAAUAUGUAAAGUUAGGUUGUGGUCCCGCAAUAUUACGAUUUUUUAAUAUUACGUAACAUUACUUCUCGUAAAGAUACGUAUUAUUAUAACUUUAAAAUCGUAAUGGUAUGACUUUAAGCUUGUAAUGACUGAUCUCAUAACAUUACAACUUUUCGUAAUAAUGCGUAAAGCUAUGGAAUACUUCACACUUUUUUCUCGUAAUAUUACGACUUUCAACUCGUAACAUAAUGACUUUUUCUCAUAAUAUGUAAAAUUGCGGUGAAUUACAAUUUUCAUCUCGUAAUAUUACAACGUAAGACUUAAUUCUCGUAAUAUUACGACUUUUUUCUCAUAAUAUUAUGACUUUAUUCUCGUAGUCCUAUUGUUUUUCUUUGUUUGGGCCCCAAAACUCCGUUGUAUGUAAAUGAUACUGUAUGUACCAAAAACUGUACAGCAUAAAUAGAUGUUAUUAGCACCAUGUGAGGAAAUGUAUACAGAAAUCGCAUAUAUUUUUUUCUAAGAUGAGUUUUAUUUUCCAUAGAACUUAUUUAUAUCAUUUAACUGUCUUGUUUUUAUUUGAAGACAACAUGUGGAUGUUUUUUUUUUUUGUUUUGUUUGUUUGGUUGGAUUUUUUUAAACAAAAUGUAAAUACAUUUUAUUUGCUAAGACAAGACUUGGUAGUGUGAUUUAUACUCUGAUUGGAACCUCAAUAAAUGGUUCAAAAAUA